AUUUAACAAAAAAAAACUAAAAAAAACGCAGGGCUGUGAUCUGUGCGCUUUAAGAGAGCUAUGAGCACAUUAUUUGUAUAACGUGUUAUCGGCCUAUUGUAUAUGUGUAAGACUUAAAUCGGUUUAACUUUGCGGAACACCGCAGUUUUUUGUUUUUUUUGGCUUUAUUUUCGGCCGUAAUUCAAAGAGUGGGGGGGAUGCAGUCUCUCAAUUCAGUACCGCGGUACUUAGGACGUCAGAAUUUGUAUGGGAGCAACUAAACUCUCACGAUUAAGUACGAGAUUUCGCCUCUCCAAAAUGUUGUGGACCAACGAGACUCGUCGGAUGGGGAGAAUCUCCAGCGAUGAGCAGGUCAAGCCUCUCUGCUCUACAUGCUGAGGGAGCAACUCUGCCGGGCACCAGAUCCUCCACCGCUCAGUGUGGCUGCCCGCGCUCCUCCGAGCCGUCGACAUGGAGAGGAGCUGCUCAGAUUGCCCCGUGCCCCGGCUGGCACAGAGCCUCUGCACGCUGUGCAACAAGUGGCUGUGUUACCAGUGUACCAACAUGCACCAACACCACAGACCGCUCGCCACCUCCCAGUACGCAGACCUGGACCUACACCAGCCACCUCCGCCCCCCGGCUCCCACUGUCCUGACGGGACGCACCAGAGAGGGCCCGGCCCCCUGGCCCUGCCCACAGCAGAACCAGGCCCGGGGUUGCAGCCGCGCUCCCCCCUUCUCAUGUGCCACACGCACAGACAGGAGCCCUUGGAGCUGUUCUGUGAGUCAUGUGACCUUCUGUGCUGUAGCAGCUGUCACCUGUCUGGCCACAAGAACCACAGGCUGGUGCACAUCGGGAAGGCCCUUCAGGACCAGCAGUGGUUGUUUGAGAGCCUGGCGGUGCAGCUGGACGAGAGGAGGGCCAGCGUGGAGAACACUGCCAAGCAGGUAGAGGACAGGCUCCACGGAGUAAAGAUCAUGCAGAGGAAGGCAGAGAACCAGAUUAAAAUGGCAAAAAUGAUUAUGAUGAACGAGCUGAACAAACGGGCCGGCCUAUUAAUAGAGCAACUUGAGAAGAUCUCCGAGGACUUCCAGCAGCGGUUGGAUGAUCAACUACAGGGCGCCAUAGAGAUCUGCGGACAACUGGACCAUGUGCAUCAGUUUGUUACCUGGGCAACGACUCAGCACUGCAGGAGCCCAGUGCUAUUCAGCAAGGAGUUGAUUUCACUUCAGAUGCAGCAACUGCUUGAACCAUCGCUCUACUUGGACUCAUGGCUACCCGUGAAGAUCAAGUUUAACUGGGAUGCGAGCUACUGGACCAAGCAAGUAGCCUCUCUAGGUCAAAUUUCUGUUGAGGGGGGGAACUGCCCCUUUCCCCAGGCCUUGUCCUGCCCCAGCCUACUGAGGCCUCAGCCCGUCCCGUGCCUGUCGCUGCCCUCGGCCUGCCAGAGAGGCCGAGAGCUGGGCUGCGGCGGCGGCGGCGGCGGCGGCGGCUACCAGGCGUGCUGCCAGCCUCAGCUGUGCUGCCUGCACGCCGGACCCCCUCAGCCGGGCCUGUCCGCCAGCAUGCACAAGAACCAGCUGGAUCCGGCCUCCUACAGCUCCGGCUGCGGCGUCCCGCCCACCCUUACCCCCGCCGCCCUCCACCAAACCCAGUCCCUCCAGAGCUGCUGGGACCCCCAGAUCAGCAACCCGGGAGCGCAGGCCGCCACGCUGCAGUGCAUCCCGCCUCCGCUUCCCCCGACGCCCCCGCCUCCUCCUUCCUCGUCGCCGUCGCCGCCCGCCCCAGGCGGGGACUCUGUUUAUCUUAGCGGUGGUCGGGACAACAGCCUCCCCUCCCAUCCCCAACACGCUACGCCGCAGCCCCAGUGCAAAGGGCAUCCCGUGGGACGUAUUCCUGAGAACCACAGCAAGCAGCCACGUGCAGAACUCCAGAGCAGGCCGGACCCGGGGGAGACCUUCCCCGCCAACAGGCCUCAGCAGCAGCAGCAGCAGAAGGCCGCCGCCCUGGACGGGAUGGCAGAAGACGCCUUGGAGGGGAGGCAGAGGGAGGAGCACGGCCAUAGACACACAGUGGGGGUGGGAGUCAGAGGGGGAACGAGUAGCAGCAGGGGGCCGCGGGAGGAGAGGGUGGAGCAAGCCACCGGUCUCCAGGUGGAGCGUCAGUCCAAGGGGUUAACGCAAGCGGAGCGGCGGGAAGAGCAGCAACGGACCAGUCCCCCGCCACCAGCACCACCAGCACCACCACCACCACCACCACCACCACCACCUCCGCCUCCGCUGCCUGGAGACCACAGAGAUGCCAGGAGACCCUCGUCCCUGGAGGCGUCGCUGACAGCCCACGGGAGCGGAGCCGAGGCCCCCAGCAGCAGGCGCUCCUCCGGCUCGGCGUGUGGGAGGAGGAGCAGCCGCUCCCAGAGCAUCCCAGCAGAACCGCCCGCAGCCCCCGCACCCAGCGCCGCCGCCGCCGCCGCCGCCAGCCUGGGGGGCGGAGCUCCGGACCAGUACAGCCGCACGGAUGAGAGGCGGCGGAGGUCGUCCGACGGGGUGAUCCAGUGUGUUGCCAGGCAGAAAAAGCCAGCCCCAGUUGGCCGCACACGUUGCAGAGGACAGGGCUCCCUGCAACUUCCGUCCCCAUUGUUGUAUUAUAAGACCGAGCCAGAUCACCCUUUUUCGAAAGACGAAACGGAGUAUAAAGUGGAAGAGAUAUGCUACAAAGGGAGGAACGUACCGAAAACCAACAGCGAAAGGGACUUCGUGGGGGCGGCUGACAGUCCAAAGGUCCCGGUGGUAUGUCUGGAACGGCUCAAAGUGCUGGUGUCUCGCCUGCCCCCGCACGGACGGCGCCAGAGCGACCCGCUCCCGGCCGGGGCCGGGGCCUGCUCCCAGAGGCCAGCCCGGGCUGAUGGCCGGGGCCAGGACAACCCCGGUGGCUCUGCUUUCAGGAGGGCCACCCUGUUGUUCAACACGCCCCCGUACACAGCGUCCCAAAGCCCGGGUCGACCCACCGCCCCUGGGGACCUCUACGACCCCCAGGGGACCCCUGAGCCCAAGCACCUUGUGCCUUCUCCGGACACGGACUCGGACUCAGAGCCAGAACUCCUCUCGGAACCGGAACCGGAACCGGAUCCGGGCUACGACCCGCAGCACGACUCGGACUUGUCCCAGGAAUACGAGCCGCACCUCGGGUCUUCUUCGUCGUCGUCGUCGUCGGAGGCGGACCCCGAGGCCGUGGCUCUGGCGGAAUCAGCGUGCACCGGAGAGCGGGACCCCGGGGGUGACUGGGAUGCCGCAGAGGCGUCUGAUCCCCUCAGGGCGGACUACCAACCCCCGGGUCAACGGGACUACGACCACGGGGGUCCGGGAGACGCGGUAGACCUGGACCCCGCUGACGACACAGACUCUGAGGCCGAUGCCGAAGCAAAGUCCGGCGGACAGCACCAACGCCACCAACACCCCCACCCCGACUCGGAACACCGUUUCCAGGCCGACGACAGUGACUCCGACGUCACGUCCAACCACCCCAGGGACUCCCAGUUCUCUGGCGACUCUGACCCAGAGUUGGAUCUGUCAGAACCCGACGUGAACAACAACGACGACGACGACGACGACGACGACGAUGAUGAUGGGGGGGACGAUGAGCCCCAGGCCCUGCGCUCCGACCUGGACGAGGGCCCCCCCGUGGGCCACAGGGGCCUACUGAUCGCCAACCCGGGACCCGGGGGGGAGACGGGGCAACACGGAGAGGAGAUGGAGAGCGAGGACUUCUGCGCCGUGUGUCUGAUCGGAGGGGACCUGCUGUGCUGCGACCGCUGUCCCAAAGUCUUCCACCUGGCCUGCCACAUCCCUCCGCUUCUGAGCUUUCCGACGGGUGACUGGAUAUGCACCUUGUGUAGGGAUGUCAUGCAGCCAGAGGUGGAGUACGACUGUGAGAUGGAAAGGACAGCAGCAGUCCUGGGACUGUCUUCCUGUGACCAGCGAAAAUGCCAACGCCUGACUCUUCUGCUCUUCAGUAACGUCCUAAGCGCUCCCUUCCACGAGCCUGUCAGUCCACUCGCUCGACAUUAUUAUCAGAUCAUCAAAAGGCCCAUGGACCUGUCUCAGAUCAGGGCAAGACUCAGCAAGGGCAACACUCGCCGCUACGCCUCUCCAGAAGAGUAUGUCGCUGAUGUCUAUCUCAUGUUCCGAAACUGUGCCAAGUUCAAUUACCCCGACUCAGAGGUGGCGCAGGCAGGCCGGAGCCUGGAGUCCUUCUUCAACUCCAGGCUGAACGAAGCCUUCCCUCUCGGAGUCUUCCUCCCGGCCGGCCAGGACUCUGACAGUGAUGACGAGUACGACGAAGCCUACAGGGCUGCGGAGAACGGCUUUCCCUGGCCAGAGAGGAGGGAACAGUCUCACAGGAAGAGGAAGAGGAGACACUCGCUGAACUCCAGAAAGCAUCACUUGUAAUAAAGAAGAGGGAAGAACCUAUACUUCUAGUACCAAGUUUGUUUUCACAGAUUCUACAGGGACAGUUUUUUCGGCCAGACUUGAAGACUGUAUUGGUAUUCCUUUGCUUUUCAGUGAUUUAUUUAUGAUAUCGUGAUGAAACAUUAAACCUGCACUAUGUACGUUUUGUAAGCGGACAAAAGUUGACCAGAAUAAAACGAGUUAAAGAGAAGCAUUCCUUGAAUGGAUUGAAUCGUGGAGGGCUGCCUUUCAUUCUUCGGAAUCUUUCUAGUUCUGAUAUUUUUUAAUGGGAGAAAAUGGCUGCAGUAUAAAGUUAAAUAGUGCAGGUUUAAAAAUUGUCUAGUGUCGCAUUGAAGUUUUCAUCGGAAAAUGUACACAUACAUAUUGACAUACAGAAGGCACUGAAUGAUAAAUGUAUGUAAAAUGCUAGUUUGUUAAAUAUUUUUUCUAAUUAUGUAUUUCACUUCUUACAUACUGACUCAAAGAUACUUCCAAUUCAUCUUGAGAUCUUGAAUAUAUAGACCCAUAAAUGUAUUGAUAUUAUGUACUACCUAUAAUCUGGUAUGGUGUUUUUUUUACACUGCACAUUUGCUAUGUGUCUUUGUGAAGUGGAUAUCUAGUAUUUAUUGUAAGCUGAGCAUUACUACUAAAUCGAAACCCCAAUUAUUAUGUGCAGCACUUUGACAUUUUAUGAUUAAUAAUAACCUAUCUUAAUAAUAGGCCUACCAUACAUAUUUCUAUAUGUGGCUCUUUUAAUAUGUUCAUUUAAGUCACAAACAAUUGCAGGCAGUUGUUUUCAGUGCUUUGUUAGAAAUGUUGGACCUGUUAUUAUGUUCUUUUUUCUUUUCAAGUAGAGCUGAAGUGACAGCUUUACUUUAGCGAUUUAAAGCAAGACUUUAAAUUGCUAAAAUCUCCUUAGCUAUUUGAUUAACAUGGAUUCUGAAUGCUGGCCCUUCACAUGCAGCAAUCCAUCAAGUUCAGUUUACUCAAGAAAGAAUUUAAUUUACUCACUGUCUUUUUGUUUGAUUGUAUUUGAGGGAAUUCCUUAUUCUAGUAUAGUUUGUACAUGUUAAGCUGGUGCUUCAACAAAGUCUUCAUCUACUGUUUAAAUAACUCCUAUUGAACCAGAGUAACAAAGCAUUGGUUUUUACUGAGCUUGCUUAGAGCUUCUCUUUGUAUGUCCUGUCAUUUAUUUGACUAUAUCAUUUUUAACAGUUUUAUUUUGGCUCUUUUUAUCAAUGUAAUGUUGACAUUGCACCUUGUUUAUCGAUUCUGGUGGUAUCCUCCCAUUAUACGAAGUAGGCAUAAUCCCUAAUAAGUGUAUAGUUAUGUUGAAACAAUUUUUUUUGUGUCAUCAUACUAAUUCUACAUAUUGAUGUCAAUAAAAUGUGUUUCAUAGACAAAACACAGCUAUAUUAUCAUAUAGCUCAUCCUGUUAUAGACUAAGAUUACUAUGGUAUUAAUUGACUUUUCUGCAACUUUGUAUGGGCAUUUAAAAGUAAUAUUUGAUUUGCAAACGCUGUGUAGGCCUAUAUUAUGAAGGGGUUAAAUAUUUUCUAUAUAUCUGGAGCACACAUUUGAUAUAGAUUUUACAAGAAAGACACCAAAUAGUACCAUCUCUACACCUUUACAGUCAAAUAGAAAGCACUGACUAAAUGUAUGCUACUUUUACAAGCUCUAUAUUUAAACAUUAUUUUGCAUUGCAUACCGUCUGUUCUGGCUGAGUCUAAUGUGGCAAAAAUGUUAUUUGAAAAAAAGAUACACUUCACAUGCCAACACUUGUGGUGGAACAUAUGCCAAUAAGGUGAGAGUAUAGAAUAAGGCUAUAAAUGAGGUACUACCAUGGAUGUAUGACUUCAUAUUACAGCCAUAUGUUACUCCUCAAAUUAAAGAAUCUUGGGCAGUUUUCUGUAGCUAUUGCAUGUUGUUUUUCACCACAUACUUACAAAUUGAAAAUGUGUCCUUAACAUCAUUGAUUCUAACGUUUUUGUGCAAAACCAUGCAAUAAAAUGCCCUUUAAGAUACAAUAAAAGUUUUUAAUCAUUAAAAA